UGAUGCGGUGUUGCAGAAACUUUCUAGUUGUAGUACAUAUCAAAGGCAUAUUAGUUUGAACUUUUCCCAUUUGUAAAUCCAACAGCAAUGCCUACCGUUCAUGAUUGGAUCAAUAAUCCACUGGGUGUUGUUGAUGGCUUUUUUGCCCAGAGUAACUCCAGUCCAGACUGGCAGAAGAAAGUAGUGGAGUACUUCAAAGAGAAACUGAAACAAAACGACGCUCACACAUGGGUUCCAUCCCUGAAUGAUGUUCCCAUGCACUACCUCAAGCCCAAUAGUUUUGUAAAAUUCCGCUGCAUGGUCCAGGAUAUGUUUGAUCCAGAAUUGUUCGUGGGGGUUUAUGAGAUGAAUGAUCCCACAUCAAACUCAAAACUGUUGAAAUGUGGAAAGUACAAAGAUGUAACAGAGUGUGGGGUGGACUUUAACUCAAGAAACACAGUGACAUCAGAGAGACAGACAUUCUAUUGUGUCCCCAUUCCAGGAGAAUCUCAAUGGGUGAAGGAAAGCUAUGCAGGCACCAGUCAGGCACGAGUGUUGCCCUCCACUUCUUAUACCCCGAAUCGGCAUAAACGCAGCUAUGAGGAGGAUGAUGAUGAGAUGGACACGCAGCCACAACUGAUGAAAAAUGUUAACCAAGGAGCUCCGAGUUCUGCAGAUUCUCAUUCCAACAUGGAGCCAAAGCGUCAGGAGACAGAAGCCCCCAAUCAGAAUGCGUCCACUUCACGCUGCACCUCUAGUCUGGAUCUAAACUUCCCUUUGCCUGAGGAGAAAGGCCCAGCCUGCCUUGUUAAGGUAUAUGAGGAAUGGGACAGUUUCAAACUGAACGAAAUGUUAGAAGUAUUUGGCAUUCUCUCUGUGGAUCCUACAUUGAGCAUGAUUGCAGAUGAGAGAGAGGCAUCUUCACUGUUGGAUCCAACAGAAGGCAUGGAGACUGUAGAUGAGCAAAGAGUUCACAGCCCACCAGCAUCCCUUGUACCACGAGUGCACAUGUUAUAUGCCCAGCCCCUACUACACAACAACCCAUUACUGCCCCCUGGUGCCUUGGAGGAUAACAGAGACUAUUUAAAUGGUGUUCUUGGAGAGCUGGCUUCAGUCAGAGCAGAGCUGCUCACCUACCUCACACACGUCCUGCUGGGGGAUUCACUCGCUGCAGAGUACCUCAUUCUCCAUCUCGUCUCCAAAGUAUAUAGCAGACGUGAUGUUCUUCCUUUGGGCAAAUUUACCCUAAAUCUCAGUGGUUGUCCGCAUAGCACUCCAUACACGGACCAUCUCUGCAAGGUCAUCCAACAGCUUGUACCAUCUUCAUACAGAUUAUGCAUGAGCUUGCAUAAUAUGAAUAACCAGCACAUGGUGCCAAGGAAAGACUACACAGCUAACCGCCUGGUGAGUGGGACUCUUCAGCUGGCCAGUAACACAUCCCUGUUUCUGGAUGAGACACAGCUGGAACAGGGCCAGCUGAACACCACAGGUGUGCAGAACAUUACUGCACUGGGGAACCUGAUCUCCUGGCAGAAGGUUGAAUAUGACUUCAACUACCACCAGAUGGAAUUCCCCUGCAAUAUUAACGUGCUUAUCGCAUCCGAGGGCCAAUCCCUCCUCCCGUCUGACUGUCAAGUCCACCUCCGGCCCACGCUGAAUCCACCUAACCUUGAGGAGUACCUGAGUGCAGUACAGGUAGCACAGAUUCCACCUCAACUAAACAAAUAUCGCAUCUACCUGAGUGUUGCACGUGCCCUGAACUACAGCAUCUCUGAUGAGAUCACAAAGGCAGUGGAAGAAGACUUUGUUGACAUGCGUAAAGAUGACCCACAGAGUAUGUCUGCAGAAGAUCUUCAUAGAUUGCUGGUAGUUGCAAGAUUGCUGUCAUUAAGUCAUGGGCAGAACACACUUUCUAGAGAUGGCUGGAUGAAAGCCAAGCAGCUGGAGGCCUUGAGAAUAAGUAGAACACAACAGCAGAAAUGUAUUAAUGGAAAUGAGCCUUAAAAUAUAUUACUUAUUGCAAAUACUUAAAGAAUCACCAUACUUAGUUAAUAUGUUGGUUAAAAUAUUUCAUCCACAUUUUUUUGUACAGCUCAACAUUUUUUACUUAAUUUUAAACAUUUGGGAAAAACUUGCAGAAGUACAUUUUUGCACUGUGUAAAUUUAUUUUUGAUAAAUCUAAAAACAUUUGAAUCAUUGUAUGUUAACAUAUGCAGAUGUAUGACAAAGGAUAACUGCCUUACUGCAAAUAUUUACACUUUGCACUUCAGGGUAUGAAGAAAAUUAAGUUUUGAUAACCAUCUUGGAUUAUGACAUUUUUUGUUUGCUACUAUUCCUGCCAGCUUUGCCUGAUGUGCCUAAACAGUGCCACAAAAAAAAUCUGCCUGAUCCGCACAGAAUGAAUAAUACCAAAUUUUUAUUUUUGCACAGAUUUUAUGAGAUAGAAGUGAGGUUAUAUCUUGUCAAUAGUUUGUCAUAUUGAAACUAAACUUGGUAUGCUUCAUCAGGACCAUGAUCUGACGAUACACGCAAAGUUUUGAAACCAUAUAUAAACCAUAUAUAAUUUUUCCCAUAUCAGCCAUACUGCCUCUCUGAUACAUAGAUUUUUAUCAAAAAGUUAAAUAUCUUUUGAACGCAUUGUCAGAUUUAUGGGAAAUUAUGUAUGCAUUAUUGGCAUAAUUUUCUGUAGUUCAAAAGAUAAUUCACACAUGUGUGCUGACCAGGAAACAACCUUGGCAUGUCAUUUUGCCGUUCAUGAAGCAUGGCAACUGAGUGGCACAGUGUAAAUGUCUGUAAAUUUAUAAGGGAUUUAUGGUCUACACUUAUUUAUAAUAUAUAUAUAUAUAUUAGCGCCUUUUUAACGGUAUUCAAACACUGUGACUUAUUCACACACACAUUCAUACACCAAUGGCGGCAGAGCUGCCAUGCAAGGUGCUAGCCUGCCAUUGGGAGCAACUUGGGGUUCAGUGUCUUCGGCAUGUGGAGUCGGGCUGGGAUUCGACCCACCAACCCUGCGAUAAGUGGCCGACCCGCUCUACUACCUGAGCCACAGCCGCCCCAUAAUUUAGAUUGCAGAAUCAUAGGGAGGUUCUUAUAACAAAAGAAAAAAAAAUCAUAAAUGCUCCUUUUGUUGAGUUUCUAGAUUUAAUGACGAAAUGUUUUUGAAUAAAAUCUUGUUUAUACAUUUUUGGUGGUAAUAACAUUUAAUCUACAGCUUUUUUUUUUUCUUUUAGUCUUUUAAAAAUGGUCUUAAAGUCUUAAAUUUAGCGUCAUAAAACCUGCAGAAACCG